CACAAAACCCCCUGGACAACUCUCACUCGCAGCGCGAUCGCUCAAACACAAGUGUGUAUCUCACUAUCUGUAAUGACCGUGCCAUACACUCACAUGCAAAUCCGAUCGCAAUCGCCAGCAUCAGAGCGCCGGUCAGAUAAUUCGGGCGUUCUCGGUAGCACCUGAAUAUGCCGAAGUGCCUUGGAGCUAUGAUACGAUUUUUCUGAUUGGUCCAAUUCAUAAAAUAUGACGUCAACUUCAUUCGGUAUAUUCCGGUGGAGAUCGGGUUUUUGUUUCGUCGAAAUCGGACAUGUGGUUGAGAAGUAACGACACAAUCUCGAGAUUGCUCCCAGAAACGUACCAGAAGCCCUUCUCCGAUCCACUGCAAACUUGAACGAUGCUGGCCAUGGAAAAUGAAUGGUAAAAUGAGCGUUCUUCAGUCUUCAAUAUGGAGAAGCAUGAUGACAGGAUUGACAGCCCAUCGACUAGCACAGGCACAGGCACAGUUGUGCAUCCUGCUCCAAGUCCAACAAGCGAAGGCAGCAGUGAAUCCAGUGAAAUAAGAGAUUCUGGGCGAAGCAUUGCUCUUGAAAGUAGACCUGCCACAGAUCACCACAGAGAUGCUGCUGAAACAAUGCCCCCAGUCCACCAUGACACUACUGACACAGACCUUUCGUAUCUUCCAAGCACAAGCAAAGAUUCUGAACCCAGCUUGCACAUUGAGGAUCAGCUCCGCGAUUUGGAAAGCAAGGUGGAUACUCCAGACAGAGGCAGCUCCUCUUCACUGCUUCAAGAAACACCACAGCCUGUUCCCCAUCCAGCAGCCGAGCCAGACAGUGAUGUCUCUUCUCAGCAAGCCCUCAAGAGUAUAGGUCCAUAUUUGUCGGCAGCUGCCAUUGAUAAGACAUCACUCCAAGCAUCACAUAUUCCUACCAUCGCAGAAAUGAAGAAUGGACACGUUGUUGAGCUUUUCAUGUACAUGACAAAAACCCUCAAAUGUUUGCAGAAAGAAGUAGCUGAGAAAGUAGUACAAAUAUCUGGACAGUCGGAGGUGAAUAGCCACAUUGUAUCAUCGUACAUAUCCCCGCUAAUAACUGAAUACAAGCGCAUUAAAAAAAACAAGAAAGGACAACACUUGGCAACUAGUUUAGCUACGCUUUUCGAUAAGGAAUUUCUUGUUGUAAGAAGUAGAAAGCUCAGAGCGCCGGACACUCCGAAGAAGAAGAAGCUGAGAGAAGAUCUGAAAUCUCUGAAGAAGGAAGCUAAGGGAGUGAAGAGGAAGUUAAAAGAGAGAGAGUCUGAACUGUCUGCAGUAGCUCCAGUGAUCUCAGAAAAGGUAGCGCUAGAGGAACAGCUAUUGGAGGCAAGAAGAGAAGAGACCUGUUUCAGGCAAGAAUAUCAAGAUCUGCAGGCGAACCUGAACGAACUACAGAUUAAGUAUGACGAGACAAUCUGCAAGCUUGAACGCAUAGCAGCCACAUUCGACCCUACAAAAGAUGCUUUAGAAGCAUAUAAACGUCACUUUCAAGAGACAAGAAGGGAUCUGGAGAAAACGGAACAGAAACUACUAAGGGUCAAAGAUCAGCAGGGAAGCUCUAAUGUUCGUAAUUUAAACAAGAAACUGAAGCGCAGAGAUGCAACUGUAGACAAAAUGCAGAAAGAGGCUAUCCAGAUGCAGUCUACAGUUCAAGAACUAAAAGAGGAAACAGAUGCAACCUCUUCACAAUUAAGAGAGACAACCAGGGCAUUGGACAAACUGAAAGACAGUUUAGAGAAAUCAUCCAAAAAGAAAAGGAGCACCUACAAGAGAUUGUGGAGCUCAAAACGGAGGCAGUCAGCAUUAAAAGUGAAUGUAGACCUGGAGGGUCAGGACGACAUAGCAGCUUUGGAAGAGAGGAUCCAGUUUCUUGAAGAAAAAAACAAAGAGCUGCAUCAGCUGAUUGCCUUGGUCGAGGAUCCAGAAAUAGAAACUUUUGAGAAUGGGAAAUACAGCAAUAGCAUCAGGCUGACAAUCAUGGAACUCUUGUCCAGCAACGUUUCCCUCAGCAAGGUAGAUACAGUUAUACGGACUGUGCUGAGAAAUCUGGUUGGCAAAGAAGUAAGCCGCCUGCCAUCCAUGGGCACGAAGUCGCGAAUUCUUGUAGAGGCAAGACACCUGGCUAAUGUUGAGGUAGUCACCGCCAUGAAUGCUUGUCGUCCGGAGGAUGCUGUUGGCAACUGCAUCCAUGGGGAUGGCACAACAAAGUUCCACAGGAAGUACCAGAACUUCCAGGUAACUCUACCGGAUGGCACCUCACGGACCAUGGGGCUCUCGGAGAUGGCAGGAGGCGAUACAUCAGCUGUGUUUGAGAGUUUCCAGGAGAGGGUGAAGGAACUUGCAGAGAGCAUUUCAUCUGACGACCCAGCAACUACCUCAGACAUAACAAAUAGAAUGAUCACAACAAUCAAGUCAACAAUGACCGAUCAGGGACCAACGAUGCCACAAUUUUCGGAAAAGAUACGUACUCUAAAAGAAGAGCUCCUUCCCCAUGUUGUGUCUAACUGGGACGGCCUAACCGAAGACGAUAAAUCUACUUGCCAGCAAUUUGCCACCUUCUACUGCAAAAUGCACCCCAUCAUAAAUUUUGCAGAGGAGGUGGACAAAGUGUUGAAGGCCUACGAGGAUAUCGCGGGUGGAGGCAAGUCCACACAUGUUCUCCAAACAGCCGAGUCUGGAGCGCGGCGCCUUGUGCGAACAUCAAGUAAGGCAUUUCACCAUAGAGGGUGCGACAAGUCAGGAGUGGAAGACUCCUUUACUGCCUACUUAGACAACCAGUAUGACUCCCCAAACCGGCUAGUAGACUACAUCGGCAACAGGGCAAACAUAUUGUUUGAAGGUGCAGCUGCAACUUACUUUCAUAUACCUCACAUUUUCAGCUUUGUCUCCAUGCUUCCAGACCCGAACAACCUUUUGCAAGCUGUCGCAGAAGAUUCACAGGACAGGAUUGUGGAAGCAGAAGUCAAGGCGCUGGGAAUUACACACCAAAUCGUCACUCAACCUCUUUGGACUGCAGUCAAGACAGCCCCAAACAUCCUCAGUCUCAACUCUACUCUUCACGAACUCCAGUUGAAAUUAACAACUUGGAAGGAAGAUGCCACUCCAAUGCUCGCUGGAUUAUCAGCAUUCGCGAACAUUCCCGCUGUUAAUGAUGAAUUACAUGAUCGCCUAUUCGAGGAAGAACGCGACCCAGAAAAACAUGCCAUGUGCAUUCAAGCCCUGGAACUAAUCUCAUGCGCCAUACUACAGAUCCUAGAACGACAGUGCCAUGACAACUUGCCAGGUGGAAAGUUCUGGAACCCUGACAAAGCCACCGAAACCUCGUUUUCCAAUGUUCCAAGUACUAACAUGAUUGGGGAGCGGGACUUCGCCCUCCUGGACAUGCUUGUCCGACAGAAGCCGUCAGCCCGCACUUCUAGCUUGGAGGCACUGAUUAUGUGGACGAACAAUAAAACCUCGACUUGGUUACAUAAUCUACCACAGGGAAAACAGGCUGAGCUUUUGGAAGAGGCAAGAUCGCGGGCUCCAGCAAUGAUGAAGAAAUUUAAGGAGAGAACAAGAGAUCUGAAGAAGGAGAAAUGGCGGCUACUGGAAGAAAAGCAAAAGAAGAAACAACAGAAGGACCAGAGACAGGUGUCAGAACGAGCCAACUUGGUUGAAGGGGUCAUGACACAAGGAGGUAUGUGGAAAAACAAGGAGCAAAUUGAAGUAGAGUUGGCAAAAAUGGAUGGUGAGGAUGACGAGACAGUGCGGCGAGCCAUUUUUCAGCAGCUAAAUUUCUACCAGAAAGUUCUGCAGGUCAAAGCCCCAAGGCGGGAGAUGUUCCAACUGACCACCACAGUUGAUGGGAGGAAGAAAGUGUUCAACAAAGAAGAGAUGCAAAUUCAUCUGAUCGAAAUUGUGGAAGCUAACAAUCUGGACUCGUCGACCAAUAGAGACAAACCCACAACUUCAAGAACUUUCACAGACCCAACUGAGAGAAACACGAACUUCCAUGAUCUCAAAGGGAAGCUGUUCGAAAAGAUGGAAGGCGAGAAAAGAAAAAAGGCCAUCAAACUCUCCAAGGAACGCCUUGACCAAUUACUCCAGCAUCCUGAACAACUGGUGGGGAAGAACGUAGAACAUAAAUGUUGGAAUGACAACAAAACUGAAGCUAAAUGGUACAAGGGCAUCGUAACCAAACUAAAGAAGGCUCACGUCAAUGCCUUGAAGACAGAGUUUUCAGUUUGUUAUGAAGGUGAAGGUGGGCUGAUGGACGAUGAAGAGUGGGACUUUGAUCUGCUCAAUGAUCUGAAGAAAAAUGAUUUGAUAGUACAUUAGUAUGCGAUAUGUAAAUGCUACUGAUGAUUUCUUAGAAACAGCACACUGGUUUACAGGUUUCUUUAUAUAUCCUGUGAUAAUGUUGCUGCCUGGAACAUGACUUUGUUUUUAAAUUGCACAUCAUGUGCAACAUAAAUCAGCAUGGAUCACAUAUUUCUAUUAAACGAAAUGCUUUGUUACUCAA